AUGGAUAGCACGGACACGGUAGACCAUCUAUCCAAGGGAUUGAGCGGUUUGCUUAUCGACAGCAGCAGGCCCUCUGAAGAGAAUGUAGCUCUAAUAAGGGAUUACAAGAAAAACCAGAGUUUCAACGAUUCCAACUUCACGUCCAAAGUGUACGAUGAGGGUAAAGAUGUUAACGACGACACUUCCUCGUCGACGGACAGUCGUACGGACCACUUGAUGGAUUUCGGGACCGUUCAAAAGAGGACGAAAUCUACAAAUAAGACCACCGUUGGAUCCAAAGAGCCAGCACAGUACAUGAACUAUUUGCCUCCCAAAAGAGAACAAAAGGGGGAACAGGUGGACCGGCACGCUGAUCUUAUCAUUAAGGAUAUGGGGUACGAUUUGUCAGGGGAUUUACAAAACACUUUCAAAAGACAGUCCGAUAAGGCGAAAAGUUCCAGUAGCCAUCUAAAUCAAGUGGCCAAAGAUACAGACUCGUCCUUUGAUAAUCCAAUUUCAGAUGCACACCAAGUCUUUGACAACUUAAUAAAGCAAAAACAAUCGAUGCAAUUUUUCGACCUCAGGGAGGAAGACACGGCUCCCAAAGAGAAGAGGCAACCACUUUUCAGACAGAGAUCUGAUCAACGUGUCCUUAGAGACAAAACAAAUAUUGAGAAAAUGCAAUUGAUUACACCAAGUAGUAUAGGUUUAAACUUUAAAAAUAAUGUCGGCGCAUGGGUUCCUAACAAUAAUAACAACAUACAGGAUAUAUCGACGAGCAACGACGAUUCACAGACGACACACUCCCAUAUGUCUACAGGUCAUGGAACAGUCGAUGAUUUUAGCGAAAAUAUCACCGCAUCGACAGAACCUCCUCUAAAUGAAAGUGCCACUUCGAGUCCGCUCGGAAUGUUUGAGUCAGGAGGCUCGAGUCACAGUCAGAACCAGUUUGAUGAUACUCCAAUUGCGAAACCUGAACUGAAGACGCAGCCACUGUUCAAGAGGGAGCCAUUGGGGAAGAGAGAAAGUUAUCAUGAUGGUGACAUGGGUAACGUGACCCAUAUAGAUGAUAUUAACAUGACCGAGUUUGAACAAAACAAACAGGAACUUAUCUCAACGUUGACAGAUAUCAAAGUGGGUGUCUGGUCUCAGGCACGGUCUUUAAACGCCUCUGGCAGAAAUAUCAAAAGUAUAGUCGGUAUCACUCACUUGUUCCCCAAUGUUGUUUUGUUGGACGUGAGUAACAACAUAUUAGAGAGUCUCAAUGAGAGGUUUAUCCGUACCAAGUACAUUGACUUAAGUUUCAACAAGUUGAAAUCCGCGUUCAUAUCGUUCCACAGUGACAACACGGUGGAAAGUUUAAAUCUUUCUCACAAUUUGAUCACUGGCGGGUUAAGUUUUUUAAACUACGAGAUGCGUUGUUUGAAAAAAGUGGAUCUUUCCUUCAAUUCCAUUGACUCAUUACAUGGAUUAGGCAACGACAAUUCAAUUGAGAGUGUAUCCCUGCGUGGCAACAAUCUAAGUGGUAUAAUCGAUUUCCAAGAGCUUGUUUCAAACGACGACGACAGUGACAAUUUUUUCCCCACAGGUUGGAGAUCUGUCAGGCAUUUAGAUCUGAGUAAUAAUCACAUCACUGCUGUUCGUAAUCUUUCCCAAUUGCCCAAUUUAGCGACUUUGAAUUUAGAAGGUAAUUCGAUCCGCGAAGUGACUUUCUGUGGUGAGUUAACGUAUCUUAGGGAGUUACGACUAUGCGACAACGACUGCCAGUUACAAGACGUGGAGAUACCGCCAUCAGAUCACCACUCUGUAGUGCUGCCCCUGUUGGAGUUAUUCACGGUGGAUUGUGUACCUCUACUGCAAAGUAUCACCUACAGAUUAUUGCCAAGGACUCUUUUACACUUGAAGAUUAAGAACGGUUCCGGGAAACAUUUACCACCCUGGUCUCACGUACCGCACAAUUUGAGGACUUUAACGUUGAGUGGGAUCCCAGAUCUAGACUUGUUACCCACAGAAGUCGACUACGGGAACGGAAUCCAAGGUGGCAUGGAUAUGUUACUGACCUCCCUUGUGUCUCUGGACCUCUCACACAACGACCUACACAGCUGGCACAACCUAAUCCAGUUCAUCCCCUUCAUAAAUCUGAGCACCAUAAAGUUGCGGGGUAACCAGCGACUGAUCCGCUCAAAAAAAGAUGCCCAAGAUCUGGCCCAGUUGUUACAAAUGGCCGUGCCAAGCCUUCACAGUAUAGAGCUGUAA